AUGAGUUUUUUCUUGGUUUUAUCUAUAAUCCUUGGCAUUAUUCUCUUCAUUGUAUGUAUUCUUUAUUGGAAAUUAGUUCGCCAACAAAAAUAUCUCUACUAUCAAUUUUAUCGACAAAAUGUACCUUGCGAACCAUUUAUACCUUUGUUCGGACAAUUGUCUGACAUCCGUCGUGCGAAUAAAAAUGAUCGUUCGAUGGAUUACCGAUUAGAACUCGUUGAAAAGCACGGUUACACUUAUGUUAUAAGUUUUGGCCCAUCAAUAAUUUUAAUUGUGAUGGAACCAGACAUGCUAGCAGAUGUUUUCGGUCGAUCCCAUGCUCAAGAUUAUAAAAAAUCAUCGGAUAGUGUCGACUUUUUGAAGCCAUUAAUCGGUGUACAUAACCUGUUGCUCAGUGAUGGGGCUGAGCACGAACGGGCGCGAAAAAUGCUCAAUCCGGCGUUUCAUUUUGUCAAAUUACAGUCGAUGUUUCCCAUAAUCGUUGAACAAACAAAUAAAGCGAUCGAUGCACUCCUUCAAUUGUCGACAACGCGACCGGUAAUCGAUUUUCAAGCAGAAUUUAAUGAUAUAACGCUAACAAUCAUCGCAUCGAGUGCAUUUGGCAAAGAUUUUGAGACGAUGACAGAUUCAAAACGCAUCGUUCGACAAGCAUUUGUCGAAUUAUUGAAUGUAAUAGGAUAUCGAACAUUGCGUAUGAUUGAUGACAUACCUAUCAUUUCACAACUACCGUUUUGGGGCAAAAAGAUUAUGGAUAAGAGUUCGAAAGAUAUAUCUGAUUUUGUUGAUCGUAUUAUAGUCGAUCGCCGUCAGAAUCGCUCGCAAAGUCUGUCAUCCUACGAUGAUAUUCUCGAUCUUCUGCUUUCUGCUGUAGAUGCAGAAGGAAGUCCAUUUAGUCCUCAGGAAAUUAAAGAUCAAGCGUUGACGUUUGUUCUUGCUGGUCAUGAAACAACAUCAAACUUAAUGACAUGGAUUUUCUAUGUAUUAAUGACCAAUGAACAACUGUUACAGACUUGUCGAGAAGAAGUUGAUCAAGUGCUACCGAGCGGCACGACACCUACCUUUGAGGAUAUGGGUAAAUUAAUCGUCUGCGAAGCAAUUAUACAAGAAGCGCUUCGUCUCUAUCCGCCAGCAACUUUUAUUACACGAGAAUGUAUUCGCGAACAUUCGAUUGGAAGUGAAGGUCAGCGACAAAUACGUAUUCCUGUCGGAGCAGUUGUCUCUGUCAAUACUUAUAUUCUCCAUCGACGAGAAGAGUUUUGGCCUCGCCCGAACGAAUUCGAUUAUACUCGCUGGCUUCGGGAUCCGACUACUGAUCUGAAACCGAAACUAACACAUCCUUUUUGUUAUUUGCCAUUUGGCGCCGGAUCACGCAACUGUAUUGGCCAAAACUUUGCACUGAUCGAAGCGAAAGUGAUUCUAUCAAUGAUAUUACAGCGAUGCAAUUUUCAAUUAGAGCCAGGCCAAAAAAUAGUACCUGACAUUCGAUUGACUAUGAAACCUAAAUACGGUUUGCGUGCUAAACUGACUAAACGCUAA